UCUCGUUUUGAAACGGCUAAAAGAGGUCAGAACAAAAGGGUUAUUAUGAACGUUUUUGGAUUGCCAUGGCGGAUGGCACAAGUUCUUACAAAAUUAGAAGCUGAUACCCAUCUGUAGAAGAGAAUGGCCAAUAAACGUAUGCUUUACGUAGGUGGCCUGGCAGAGGAAGUUGAUGACAAAAUACUUCAUGCUGCGUUUAUUCCAUUUGGUGAUGUGAUUGAUAUUCAGAUUCCAUUGGAUUAUGAAACUCAAAAACACAGAGGGUUUGCGUUUGUUGAAUUUGAGUUUGCAGAGGAUGCUGCUGCCGCAAUGGAUAAUAUGAAUGAGUCUGAACUUCAUGGAAGGACAAUUCGUGUUAACAUUGCGAAGCCAAUGAAAUUCUCAGAGUCUUCAAUGAAAGCAGUUUGGAGUGAAGAUUCCUGGCUGAAAGACCACGCUGGAAAGCCAGAAGAAGGUAUGCAAAAUGGUACAGAGGCUAUGGACCAAAGUGAGGAUGGUGAGCCGGUUUCUAGAGGAACAAAGAAUGCCAAAGUAUUUUUUGAUAUUAGUAUGAAUGAGCAAUACACUGGAAGAAUUGUCAUGGAGCUCAGGCAGGAUGUUGUUCCGAUGACUUCUGAGAACUUUCGGGCAUUAUGCACUCAUGAGAAAGGAUUUGGAUAUAGAAAAAGCACAUUCCACAGAAUUAUACCAAAAUUUAUGUGUCAAGGAGGAGAUUUUACAAAGCAUGAUGGAACGGGAGGCAAAUCAAUAUAUGGCAGGAAGUUUGAUGAUGAAAACUUUGUAUUAAAACACACUGGACCAGGCAUUUUGUCAAUGGCAAACUCAGGGCCUAACACAAAUGGUUCCCAAUUUUUCAUUUGCACAGAGAAAACUGAUUGGUUGGAUGGUAAACAUGUUGUCUUUGGUCAGGUUGUUGAAGGCCUUGAUAUUAUGAGAAAAAUAGAGGCCCAGGGAGCAGAUUCUGGAAAGCCAAAGAAAAAGGUUGUGAUAGAAGACUGUGGAGAACUCGAAUAAGAUAAUGGUUGAGGUAUGAAUGCCUUCAGUGAAGACAGAACCACAAGAUUAAAUAAUACAGCUGUUGUAUGGCUGGAGAUGUCUAGCCUUGUGGGUGGCUCAGCCAACUAUUUCUUUGGCCCUAUAUUUGUAUACCCCUUAUAUGGUGCUUCGGUUAGAUGAUAGACCAAAAGUUUUCGCCAGCAUCAUUACAGUAAAAGGAGAAGUGGACAUUUCAAUGAUUGGAAAGGUCCAGUAAAUAAUAGCCACAAACCUGUAUAUGCUUAAUUAAAAGCCAAGGAACAUUUGUAUGUUAAAGAAAAGUUUUUUAUCAAAUAGUGUUUUUCAAUGUUAGAAGCAGCAAAAGUAUUUGAUGCUCAUAAAACCUUCUGAAAUGUGAA